AUGAAUCCUUUGCUUGCGGCAAGCAAUGUGUUAAACCCGCCAAAUGCCAAUGAUGAGGACAAGCUGUCGGACUACGUACCAAACAGUCGUGAUAUUUCUGUUUCACGCGCUCCUUCCGCAGUCGCAUCAGAUGAGAGACAAAGCAAUACUGCACCGGUCACUCCAGAGGACAGUGAUGGUGAAGUCGAGCUCGGAGAAGAUGAUGAGCUGGACGAGGAUGAUGUCGUAGCUUCUGCAUCAAAGACGACACCCUCCGCUUCACGUCGAGUAAAGGAAGCUCAGGCUAAGAAAGCCGCAAACGCCGAGCGUAAAGCUCAGAUCGCCGACAUAGGCAAGAAGAGAGGAGCUGUAGAGGAAGCCAAGUUUGCGGACUCUAUGAAACGCUUCAACUACCUGCUCGGUCAGACAGAGCUAUUUCAACAUUUCAUAGAUCUCAAAAAAACCAGGGAACCAGAGUUUGCGGCGAUGCUGGACGCGCAGCUGAGCGCACGAAAUGGGGCCAAAGGCAAGAAGAAGGCCGAGGAUCAUCGACAUCGCAAAUCUGAGAAAGAGGAAGAUGAGGAGCUCCUGAAAGAGGAGGAUGAGACCGACGAGUCGUUUGUGUUCGAAGAGAGCCCUCCUUAUGUCAAGGGCGGCAAAAUGCGGGAUUAUCAAGUUCAAGGUCUGAACUGGAUGAUCUCUCUACACCACAACGGUAUUAACGGGAUCCUUGCCGACGAGAUGGGCUUAGGAAAAACACUCCAGACUAUCGCUUUUCUCGGCUAUCUGAAAUUUCACCGAGAAACUCCCGGUCCUCACCUGAUUGUUGUGCCAAAAUCUACACUUGAUAAUUGGGCACGAGAGGUCGAGAAAUGGGUACCCGGUUUCAGGACCAUAAUUCUGCAGGGAACGAAAGAAGAAAGGGCUGUUCUCGUCACCAACCGAAUUCUGACUCAGGAAUUCGACAUCCUCAUCACAUCAUAUGAGAUGUGCAUGCGCGAGAAGUCCACACUAAAGAAAUUCUCCUGGGAGUAUAUCAUCAUUGACGAAGCCCAUCGGAUCAAAAACGUCGACUCACUGCUGUCCCAGAUCAUACGAACAUUCGUCAGCAGAGGUAGGCUCUUAAUCACUGGCACUCCUCUACAAAACAAUUUGCAAGAGCUGUGGGCAUUGUUGAACUUCAUUCUGCCCGAUGUCUUCUCUUCGAGUGAAGACUUUGACGCUUGGUUCAAGACCAAAGACGACACGGACCCUGAUGCUAUUGUCAAACAGCUUCACAAAGUCCUCCGGCCUUUCUUGCUCCGUCGAGUCAAGGCCGACGUGGAGCACUCGCUUCUGCCCAAGAAAGAGAUCAAUCUAUAUGUCGGCAUGACGGAAAUGCAGAGAAAAUGGUACAGGAUGCUGUUGGAAAAAGACAUAGAUGCGGUGAAUGGUGCAGGCGGAAAAAAGGAAGGAAAGACGAGAUUGCUUAACAUUGUGAUGCAGCUGCGAAAAUGCUGCAAUCACCCAUAUCCGGAACCCGGUCCCCCUUACACAACCGACCAGCACCUCAUCGACAACGCAGGUAAAAUGGUCAUCCUCGACAAGCUGCUCAAAUCUAUGCAGGCCAAAGGCUCUCGAGUCCUCAUAUUCUCCCAAAUGAGCCGUGUUCUUGAUAUCCUCGAGGACUACUGUCAAUUCCGGGGUUUCCAAUAUUGCAGGAUUGACGGUGGAACAGCCCACGAAGAUCGAAUCAGUGCCAUAGACGAUUACAAUGCCCCGGGUAGCGAGAAAUUCGUCUUCCUCUUGACUACUCGUGCCGGAGGAUUGGGCAUCAACUUGGUCACCGCCGAUAUUGUUGUGCUUUUCGACAGCGAUUGGAAUCCCCAGGCGGACUUGCAAGCAAUGGAUCGAGCACAUCGUAUCGGUCAGACCAAGCAGGUUUAUGUCUUCCGAUUCAUCACACAGGAUGCUGUGGAGGAGCGAAUCUUGGAGCGUGCUACUCAGAAACUCAAACUCGAUCAAUUGGUCAUCCAAGAAGGUCGGGCUCAGCAACCGGCGAAACUGGCGUCAAACAAGGAUGAAUUGCUUGACAUGAUACAACAUGGUGCUGAAAAGAUCAUCAAUACCUCUCAGAGUAUGUUGAUCGACGACGACAUCGAUGAGAUCAUCAAGCGUGGGGAGGAGAAGACUCAAGAGCUCGUCUCCAAAUAUGCCGGCCUUGACCUAGACGCCUUGAACAACUUCAAGUCCGAAAGCCUCGUCAACACUUGGGAAGGAGAAGACUUCGCUCAUAAGAGGAAAGGACUGAUCUGGAUCGAGCCAGCCAAGAGGGAGAGAAAGGGCAAUUACUCGGUCGACCAAUACUAUCGCGACAACCUCAAGUUGACCGCCAGCAAGCCAGACAAGCCAAAAGUGGUGCGGCCACCCAAGCAGGUUCACAUCAACGACUUCCAAUUCUUCCCUCCACGACUUGUCGAAUUGCAAAAUCGGGAGUUUGACGCUCACCGAAAAGCUCAGAAGUACGUGGUGCCUACUCGUGAGCCCGAAGAGGGCGAAACGGCCGAAGAAGUUGAGGCCGAACGGGUCGAGGAGCAGGAACGGAUCAAUAAUGCUGUGCCUUUGACAGAGGAAGAAGUCGCGGAGAAAGAUGCACUUGCCGGUGAGGGCUUCUUAGAAUGGAAACGGCAACAUUUCCUGUCUUUUAUCAAAGGUCUGGAGAAGUACGGGAGAGACAAUCUUGACAAGGUCGCAUUGGAGGUCUCAGACAAGACGGAGGAAGAAGUCAGAGAGUAUGCGGCGGUGUUCUUCGACAGAUAUCAUGAGCUAAAGGAUGCGGACAAAUACAUGGAUCGUAUCAUUGCUGGCGAGGCUAAACUCCGCGAGCAACAAGACCGGAUCGAUGCUCUUCACAAAAAAGUCAGAUCGUACACGUACCCCAUGCAGGAGCUCAAGAUACAUUAUGGACAAAACAAGGGCAAGUCAUACUCGGACGAAGAAGAUCGUUUCCUGUUGGUCAGAAUGCACCACCAUGGACUGGACAGGGAUGAUUGCUACGAGUUGAUCAAGAGGGAUAUCGGAGAAUGGCCCUUGUUCCGCUUUGACUGGUUUUUCAAGUCCCGUACGCCCGAUGAGCUGCGUAGGCGUGGGGCGACCUUACUACUGUGUAUCAUGAAAGAUAAAGACGCGGAUGAAGAAAAGGAGAAGAAACCCAAGGCUGGUGGGAAGAAACGACCGAUCGAGGAGCUCAAGGCGGGCUCGAGGGAUACGACCCCCGCCUCGACCGGAGAUAAGAGAGCCAAUAAGAAGAAAAAGACAUGA